CCUAAUUUGCAGAGUUAAGAUGGGGUUUAUGAAAGGUAUUGCCCCUAUAAGAAGAACGACGAAAUAUCUCUCAAAUUCUCCGCUGACCUUCAAACCCAGAGUGAAGAUAAUGACCGUGAACUUUAAUGAUGCUCAGACUGAAGAGAAUCAUCAGGGAGCUAGAGAUUUUGUUUUCUGGAACCUUCCUCAGGUUCAGUAUAAAAACCCUGAUGUUCAGAUCCUCACCUUUAAAAAUAUGACUCCAAGUCCUUUUAUAACCUGCUUUCUAGAGGACAAUACCAAAGUUUAUUUCGAUGUAGACUCUCAGAGCAAUAAAGAUAUUUUGGAUCGAUUAGUUAAAACAUUGGGGAAAUCUAAAGAGGUGCUUGAGGAAGAAGCUGUUGCCUCCGAGGCUAAGUCAAAUCCUGCAAAUUUCUGUCGUCGACUUGGUUUCUCCCGCCAUUGCAUCUGCGAAAUGCCGGGACAAAUUCCUUGUUCUUCACUUGUUCCUGUUCCACGGCAUUGGCGCGGCAAGUGGUACAACCAAGGACAUCGAUGGGAGUCGGACGAUUAAUAAAUAUUGUAAUUUCAGAA